AUGCUGAAGAAACUGGAACGGGAAGACUGGGGUGACCAGGUCCUCUGGCCAGCACGCGGUGCCAACCUCACAACUCGUUGCAGCACAGUUGAUUGGCCGAUGGAGACGUGCGAUAACGGAAACCAAUGUAUCCACAUGCACUUCACCGUCACCGCCUUCAAGAGACCGUUUGACGUCGAGAUCCGGAACUGCUAUACCGAUCCCGGUGACAAACCCCUUUUUAUGUUCGUCAAAAACCCAAAUUUCGCCGCCUGGGUUCAGUUCUGCAACGCCACGCUGUGCAACACGCUGACGACGGACGAGUUGAAGAAGGACACCCGAGAUCCGGUGAUGCUGAAGAAGCUUCAAUAUGUAGAAUGGGGUGACGAGGUCAUAGGAGCGGCAGAAGGUGCCAACCUCACGACUCAUUGCGGCACAGUUGAUGGGCCGAUAGAAACGUGCGAUAACGGAAACCAAUGCAUCCACAUGCACUUCACCGUCACCGCCUUCAAGAGACCGUUUGACGUCGCGAUCAGGAACUGCUUUUCCGAUGUUGGGUAUCAGCCCCUUUUAGCGUUUAUCAAAGAGGCAAAUUUCACCAAGUGGGUUCAGUACUGCAACGACACGUUGUGCAACACGUUGACGACGGACGAGUUGAAGAAGGCCACCCGUGGCGCAGCGAAUGCUACUUCAACGAUCAUG